AUGUCUUAUUCCGAGUGUUGUCAAAAGGGAUCUCUCUGGGACGGGACACCCCAAGGAGAAGAGAAGACGCUCGGACCCAACAAGGCCUACAUGACCGGUACCAAUCCCGACGCGGCCGUCAUGCUGAUCCACGAUGCGUUUGGAUGGAAGUUUCCCAACACCAGGUUGUUGGCGGACAGCUAUGCAAAGGAGGCAGACGUUACCGUGUAUCUGCCUGACUUCUUCGGCGGCGAAAGUCUAGGCCCCUUCGAGACCAUCGCCGACCCGACGCAGUGGCACAAGCUCGACCUCGCGGGCUUCAUGAGCCGAAACACCAAAGACAUCCGCACGCCCGAGAUCUUCGAGUGCGCACGCGCCCUCCGUACGCAGCACGAGUACAAGCGCGUGGGGGCGAUCGGGUUCUGUUUCGGCGGAUGGGCCGUGUUCAGACUCGGUGCGAAGUCACACAACGACAACGACAACGACAACGGCGAGCCCCUCGUCGACUGCAUAUCGACCGGCCACCCGUCACUCCUGGAAAAGACCGAGAUCGACGCCGUGGGGGUCCCGGUGCAGAUCCUCGCGCCGGAGCACGACGUCAUGUUCCUGCCCGAGUUGAAGGAGUACGCCAACAAGGUCAUCCCGACGCUGGGCGUGGCGUACGACUACCAGUACUUUCCGGGCGUCGAGCACGGCUUUUGCACGAGGGGAGACGUCAAGAUCGCAAACGGACAAGAGUACAAGGCCAUGAACCGCGCCAGGGAGGCGGCCAUCAGUUGGUUCAAGGUGUGGUUGCACCCAAAUUGA